AUGAAACAGAAAACAGAAAACAGAAACCGAAAGCAAGUGGAACGUAGAGCGUGUGAGAUAUUAGAAAUGGAGGCCCCUAAACGUUUGCCUAUGGCUAGGAGAGGAACGGGAUCUUUGGGAAAGAGGAUACGGCUUCUUGCUAACCAUUUUAGAGUUGAUAUUGGGAGGAACAAAGACUACUUCUUCCAUUAUGAUGUUGCCUUCCGUUAUGACGAUGGGAAACCAGUUCAAGCCAAGGGCAUAAGGAGAAAAGUCCUAGAUGAGGUUUGGGGAACAAAUACUGAACUGGAAGAGUUUAGUUUUGCAUAUGACGGUGACCAAAAUUUAUUCACUCUUGACCCUCUACCAUGUGAGCAUCAACAGUAUACUGUUGAGUUAAAGGACAUUUUAUCAAAGAGGGUUGGAAGGACUGGACGCCGUGAUAUCAACUACGAGACCACAACUCUGUUGCGAGCAAUUGAGAAUACAAUGGAUGAUCGGAAUUCUCGAAACUCUUCGGAAGCACCGGAUGAUGUUCUAAACAUCAUGCAGAGACAACAUGCAGCAAAACUAUCAGAAUCUCGGUUGAAAAUUAUCAAUGUGGAUAUCAACUAUGUAACAAAAAUUCCACUGCAGCAAAUUGCAAAUGCAUUGGGUGAUCAGAAUUCUGGAAACUUUCAAGAAGCACUGAGAGUUCUAAACAUUGUACUAAGGCAGCAUGAUGCAGAAAGGAGAUGCCUUUUUGUUCGCAAUUCCUUCUUUCAAAACAAUAAGAUAAAUUGUAAGGAUCUUGGAGGCGGUGUGCUAGCCUGCGCUGGUUUUCGCUCGACCUUUAGAGCCACACAAGGAGGAUUAUCUCUCAACGUUGAUGUGUCGAAUACAGUGAUUGUAAAGCCUGGACCUCUGUUGAACUUUCUUAUCCAGAGUCAAAAUGUUGGGAAAAUUGAAAACAUUGACUGGACGAAGGCAAAAAAAAUGCUUAAGAACCUUAGAAUCGAGGUUAAUGGUGUUGAAUUCAAAAUCACUGGACUGAGUGACUACACUUGCAGGACUCAGAAAUUUCUAUUAAGGAAAAAUGGUGAAGAGAAGGAAAAUGAAAUCACAGUUUAUGACUACUUUACAAAAAAUAAAAUGAUUUCCCUGUAUAUUUCUGCUGAUUUGCCGUGCAUCAAUGUUGACAAACCACAAUGCCCGCGUUACUUUCCAAUAGAGCUAUGUGAAAUGGUCUCGUUGCAGCGGUACCCCAAGGCACUGACAAAUUUGCAAAAGGCUCGGGUAGUGAAAAAGACAAGGCAAUGUGCCAAAGAGAGGAAAGCUGAUGUUGAAAAAUUGUUAAGAAGCAACAAAUAUGAUAAUGAAUCUAUGUUUCGCUCUCUUGAUAUUAACAUCGAUCAUAACAUAACAAGGCUUGAGGGUCGUGUAUUGCAACCUCCACAGCUUGUAGUUGGAAACAAGAGGCACAUCACUCCCCUCGAUGGGCGCUGGAAUUUUAUCGAUAAGCAACUAUUUGCCCCUAUGACAAUUGACAAAUGGGCCGUUGUUAGCUUCUCAAUUGAUUGUGACACAACACUGCUGAUACAAAAAAUUGAGGAAAUUAGUGCUGCUCUAGGAAUGAACAUGAUGAAUAUACUACACAACAAGGUAAUUGAAGAGAAUUUCAGAUUUAUAACUCAACCAGCACAUGUCAGGGUAGAGCAAAUGCAUAAAAAGCUGCACAAGACUCUUCCAGGAACACCUAGUUUUCUGCUGUGUAUUCUUCCAAACAAGAAUUCUGAUAUUUACGGUCCGUGGAAAAAGAAAUUUUCGGUUGAUGACGGGAUUGUAACACAGUGUAUUAGUGCACAACAAAACUUUGAUCGUCGCUACAUUACUAAUGUACUCUUGAAAAUCAAUCUAAAGUUUGGCGGGAUGAAUACCAAUCUUUCAAGGGAGCAUGAGAAGAAAAUUCCUAUGGUUUCUGAUAAACCCACCAUAGUUCUUGGUAUGCAUGUUUCUCAUGGAUCUCCUGCUAGGUCUAAUGUGCCAUCCAUUGCUGCGGUUGUGGGCUCAAGAUGUUGGCCUCAAAUUACACGUUAUAGAGCUGCUGUCCGUGCACAGUCAGCAAAAACUCAGAUGAUUCAAUCUUUGUUCAUGCCUGAUGAGGCUGAUCAUCCUUCAGAGGACACGGGUAUCAUCAGGGAGAUACUAUUGGAAUUUUUCGAAAGUUCAAAGAGUAUAAAGCCUCAACAAAUUCUCAUUUUCAGGGAUGGAGUGGGUGAAUCACAGUUCAAGCAAAUACUCAAUGAUGAGUUGAAUCAAAUAAUACAGGCAUGCAAAUUACUUGACGAAGACUGGGAUCCAAAGUUCACUUUGAUUGUUGCCCAAAAGAAUCAUCAUACUAGGUUCUUCAACCCCGCAGAUAAAGAAUAUAAUAUUCCAAUUGGAACCGUAAUUGACAGCACUGUCUGCGAUCCCAAAAACAAUGACUUCUACUUGUAUGCUCAAGUUAGGGACAAGAUCACAAAACAAACGACUAGCCAACAGGGAACAACUCGCCAGCAGGCAACAACUCGCCAGCAGGCAACAACUCGCCAACAGGGAACAACUCGCCAACAGGGAACAACUCGACCUGUUCACUACCAUGUUUUACACGAUGAAAUCGGAUUCUCAACUGAUGAACUGCAGGAACUCGUGCAUUCUCUAUCUUACUCGUAUCAAAUUAGCACUUCUGCUGUAUCAUUGGUUGCUCCACUUCGUUAUGCGGGCUUGGCGGCUAGACAGAUGGCAAAAUUUGUGAAAUGUGAUAAACAAAGUAAGGCUUCUCGCAGGCAUGGUGGAGACACGUCUUCUGCUGCACAUCCAUUACCAAUUCUUCCCCAACAACUCAUGGAGAGCAUGUACUUUUGUUAA